AGACAUUAUCAAAUGUAUCACUAAGCAAACAAAAAUUAAUUGAAGCUUGUGUACAACUAGUGACAAUUAAUGGAAGACCUUUUACACUUAUGGACGAUAGUGGAUUUAAAAUGAUUAUUGACCCUUUAUUAGAUACAAUAGGUGGAGAUUUUAGAAUUAACUCAAGAAAUAUAAAAAAUCAUGUAAAAGAACAUGCAUCCGAAAUAGUAAAAAAUAUUAAGUUAGAUGUCUACAAAAGGUUAGUAUCACUGAAGGUUGAUUGUGUUACCAGGCUUAAUCGAUCAAUUAUUGGUGUAAAUGUGCAAUACAUUAAAGAUGAUAAGUUAAACAUCAAGACAUUAGGAAUGACAGAAUUAAGUGAAAAGCAUACAUCUGAGUACCUAAAAAAAGUGUUGAUAAAUAUUUUGAAGAAGUAUGAUAUUGAUAAUCGACAAGUAUAUUCAAUUACAUGUGACAAUGGAAGAAAUAUUGUAAAAAUGGUUAAGAUAUUCAAUGAUGCUAAUGAAGAUGAUAUACUUAAUGAAGAUGAUAUUGAAGCAGAUAUCGAGUCUGAAAACACUGAACAUCUAAGAAAUGAUGGUCAUGACAUUUUAUCUGAAUCUACAAUUGAAGGCAUAAUAACAGAUAUAGAGAUUGAUUUAAAUAAUGAUAAUAAUUUGCAACAAGAAGUAUAUUCAGCCUUAGAAAUAGAAAAUGAAGAAUAUUUAACACAAUGUGUUCGUUGUAGUGUACACACUUUUCAACUAUGUAUAGAACAAGGUUUUAAAAUAACUUCAGUUAACAAUACCAUUGUAAAAGCUCGAAAGGUUGUAAAAAUACUUCGAACACAAUCCUAUGCAGCUUUAUUAAAGAAGGAUAAUUUAAAGCAAGCUAUAAUUGAUAUUGUUACUCGAUGGAGUUCUAUAUAUUCAAUGUUGCAUCGUCUGAUUGAGCUUAAGUCAUUUUGUAAGGACCACGAGUUAAUAAACUCUAAUUUGUUUUUAAAUAAUCGUGAUUGGGACAAGAUUAGUAGUUUGGUAAAUUCACUCGAGCCUGCUUAUUUUGCCACUAAAAGACUUCAAAAAAAGGAUUUGACACUUGGUGAUUUUUUUGGUAUUUGGCAACAAACAAAAAGUCAAUUUCAACAAAUAAAUUCAUUGUUAUCUAAUUCUAUUGUGCAGUCUAUGAAUAAUCGUCAAGAACAAUUAAUGGACAAUAGUAUAUUUGUUGCAGCUAUUUAUUUAGAUCCUCGAUUUAUGUGUACUUUAACAGCUGCAAAAAAACAAAAAGCAAUUGAUCAUCUUAUUAAAACUUGGACUUAAAAAGAAUCAAUAUCUGGUAAUCAAAAUUUAAACGAAAAUUUAGCUGGAUCAACGAAUGAAAUGGUUAUUGAAGUUGAUGAGCAAAUCUGCGAUAACAAAGAUCCAUUUGAAGAAUUUCUCAUUAGUUGUUCAUCUUCACAAAACCCGUCAUUGAACGAAUCAAAUGAAUCACAAAGUUUGUCAUCUUCAAGACAGUCAAUGAGAGAAAAAAUUGAAGACUUUGGUAGAGUAGAAAGAUUAACUUAUAAAGCAGAUGUGAUAAAUUAUUGGAAAGAAAACAAAAUAUCAAAGCCAGAGUUAUUCGAACUGGCACAAAUACUCAUGGCAGUACCAGCAACACAAGUUAGUGUUGAACGUAGCUUUUCCGGCUUAAAAUUUAUAUUGUCAGACUUGAGAAGUUCACUUUCAAGUGAUAUAUUAGAGGACAUAUUAAUUAUUAGAGGAAACAAUCAAUAACAUAUAAAAUGUAUAAUUUAUUUUGUUUUUAAGUGUAUUCAUGAAUAUAUAUUGAUAUUAG